GACAGAGAUAAGUAAAGAUCAAUGAGCUCGGUAGAAAAAGCGGUGGCGGUACAGGAUAAUGGAGAGUGGCGGCAACGACGGUUUGGGCCUAAACAAGGGAGUGUGUUCCCAAAAGAGAGGAAACUAGUGAAGACAAUGAUCUUGGAGGCUCUUUUCUCGUCUCAACCUUCUUUCAACUCCAAGCAGAAAGUAGAGCCGCCGCGUAUCAAACGCAUGCAGUCUACUCUCCGGUAGCCUUAUUUUGUUGGAGUAACUUAGAAAGUAUUUGGAUCGUAAAAUAUAACAAGUUAAAAAAGUAGUACUUUCCCGUUAUAUGUUGUGUACUUGUGUGUCUCUCUUGUACCAUAGUUUGUGUGUGUUUUGGCUUCUUUAAGAAAUAUAUAGAUGCGUGUGUUGUUAAUUUUGCUAGUUUCGUUGUGUAUCCGUGUUAAUUUAAGAUCUAUAAUUUGCUCUAUAUUGUUUUCAUUCAAAUUCAAAGUGAAGAAAAG